CGAACGAAAUGUUUGCACACGUAGCAACAAACUGUGCCAAAAAAGGAUGUAUGUUGAUCAUAGUAGCGGUAGGCUAUUAAUUGUUCGACAUUCGAAGGAAGCGGCGGUAUCAAAAUUUGUAGUAAAAAAUUAUCUUAAGUAAAUUAUUUGAAAAAAAAAUUAAACGUAAGCAAAACAAGGAAAAAAAACAAUGAACCACCAAUCCAUACUAGUGAAUUCAGAACAAAAAUCGUACGAAUUGUUUUCCGAACCAGUGCACUUUCCACUCGUCAUCGGCAAUGAAACACUGGUCGUUACCAUGCAAGAUCAACGAAACAUUAUCGAUCGGCGGAACUGGUUUUUGACGCGCUGUCCUAAUGCACUGUCCACAGAUGCUGUUACGCUAGGUACAGACAAUGACCUGUUAAAUCUGUAUCCCCUGUUAACGCGUAUAUUGCUCGAAUUGCAAACCAAAACUGCAGGCCUACAAAUGUAUUCUGCGUCGGCACAGCAUAUACAACGCGGGCAGGAAAAACCAUUUUGUUUUCACUAUGAGAAACAAACGGACACAGAAGAUUUACCAUAUUUUCAAAACUACGAUCGUGUGAAGCAUGGUGAAAGGGUGAUAAAACAUGUGCACUAUUAUGUUGAAUCGGCCGUUAAAAGUAAAGCCACAAACACGGACACAACCCGCGAACAGAUGGAAACAGAAGAAAUAACCGAUUUAGAAGAUUUAUCAAUGUAAAGCAGAGCAUUUUCCUCUGUACAUAAUAAACGGUUUUUUUUACUACGAUCAAGAAGUACGUACUGGCGUAUUUAAAUAAUGACAUGUCAAAUGUUGUCAUAAUGGAGAAUGACAAAAACAAACAACACGCACAUGAGCUAACCUGGGCGUUCCGUGUACCGAUUGGUGAUGCGUCUGCCAGUUUGUUUACAUUAUUUGUUUGUAGCGAAGGGGACGAACAUUUUGUUUCGAAAAUUUUAGCCAUAUUCCGCCGUACAGUAUGACACUAUUGCCGUUUAAGAAACAACAUUAAAUAGGGAUAAUAGAACAGCAUGAAUUCCAUCAUGAAUCGUAGCCGGUGUGUUGCGUGUCAUAUCGAAGAGCCCGGCAUGAUAGCGAUCUACCAACAUCCUCGGGGCGUCGAUCGUCUAUGGACCUACGUGACCGGAAUCAUCGUAAAAGCCAAAGAUCAACUGUGCAUACCGUGCUACGAUGAGCUGCGGAUAGCGCACCGAUUUAAGGAAAAGUGUAUCCACAACAACAUUAACCGUUUGGGGUUGGGCCUUCCGCGUAGAUCGGCAACUCACAACAGUCAACAGGAUACGCCGACCAGUGAUGAAUCUAUUACCGCUCCUCGAAUAACUCCGGAACCGCUCAUGACUGCACGCCUCGGCGAGAGCAGCCAUGUCACGGCGGAAGAGUGCAGACAGAUACAAGCCCGAACGGAACAUCCACCCAUUAGUAGACAUGAGUUUGUGAUUAAAUCAGAAUCCCCACCGGAGGAGGACGAAAUUCCCAACCAAGCGACGAUAACGCCCGAUGCUCAGCAAUUGGAUUGUGUUUCAUUGCUUAACGAUACUGUUGGCCAAACGAACCAAAGCGGCCACGAGACGGCAGUGCCGUCGAUUGAUGUGGUAAAAAUGGAGCUGGAACUAUCGUUGGACGACAUUGGGCUGAGGGAAUCUCUUUCCGCGGACAGCGCAAACGAAGACUCCGACGAAGAGCACAACAGUAGAACGGGAGAAAUGGCGAACCCACCAACCGGUUCUGGCUCGGUACUGCCACAGUGUGCCCAGUGCGACCAGACGUUCCACACGCGAACGGCACUGAAACAGCACCAGCAGCUGGAACACAAGAAAAUACGCCGCGACAACACGAACGCGGUCAAGUACCGGCGGGUACUUUCGGGCAAGAUUAAUGCACUAAUGUGCCGGUACUGCUAUCGCGAGUUUAGCGAACCGGAAGCAAAAGCGGCCCACGAAAAUACACACCUUAGCGACCCGAAACCAUUCCAGUGUUCGUAUGCCGAUUGUAAUCGAUUUUUCCAACACCGAUCGGCACUGAAUCGACACUUUUACACGCACGUUACACCGAAACGGUUCAAGUGCAGUGUCUGUCCGAAGCGGUUCCAUCAGCAAAGUUCAAUGGUGGUGCACGAACGAUUACACCGGGGUGAUAAGCCACACAUCUGUCCCCAGUGCGGCAAGGGUUUCACGCACGUAUCGAACGUGAAGCGACACAUCCGGUUUCAUAACGGCGAAAAGCCGUACCAGUGCGGUAAGUGUCCAGCACGGUUUACCACCAGCACCGAUCUGCGCCGGCACAUGAACAGCCGACGGUGCAUGAUGAUGUGGUCAAUGAAGGCAUCCAAGUAGAGGUACACGGGAACACAAAACGGUUAUAAGGGCACUGGAAAGGGGGGGGGGGGAUGUUUAUAGGGAUGAAAAGAUUAUGUUUUUAAUGCGGGAUGGAUACACACACACACGCCAUGCACAUUGGAGGUUCCAAUGCUGUAUCGGCUCGUUGCCUUUGUCUAUUGUGCAUCCGAAAUUACGUUAGGGGUUUUUAGUUUACAUUCAUUAAAUUAUAUAAUAUAAUUGUUAAUUUUAAACUGUUCAGUAAUGUAAUUUCAUUUACAUAAACAAUCCUCCAAGGAAGAUCGAUCGAUCAUUUUUUUUCUUCUUCUUAAAAGAAACAUCUAUCAUCAUGAUUUAAGAGACGGAAAUAUCUUAAAUACUUCUAAUGAAGCAAUUUAUCCUUAAAACGAAAGUAAAGUUAAUAUUUCUUUUUAUGUGUAUCCUCCUGAACAGCUUAUAUGUUCUAUAUUGUAAGAAUUGUUAUACAAUAAAGAAACAACUACACAGUGGAAA